UAAAGUCACAGUUGUGCUAUUUACAAAUAGAGAUAACAGUACACUUUUAUACAUUUCUACAAAACUUUCAAAUGAAGUUCUUGACGUUGCUCUCAUUUUUCUUGAUAAUACUUGAGUUAAAUUGUGAAGACAGUUUAGUUUUCGUUCAUGUAAUUUUUCGACAUGGAAACCGAACACCAGAACAAAACAAUCUGUACCAGGCCAGUCCAUAUAUGAACGAAACUUAUUUCAAACCUUAUGGAUUUGGACAGUUGACUAAUAAAGGAAAAUUGAAUGCCUACAAUGUGGGAAAAUCCCUGAGACAGCGAUAUAGCGGUUUUCUAGACGAGGAAUACAACAUAAAGUUGAUAGAUGCCAGGAGUAGCGAUUUUAACAGAACCAAAGCUUCUCUUCAAGCUAUGCUUGCAGGAUUGUUUCCUCCCUCAAAAGACUUAAUAUGGCUAGAAGGGCUCAAUUGGCAACCGAUUCCAUAUACUUACGUAGAUAGAUCCUUAGACAAGGAACUAUUUUGCUUCGGUUGUUCAAACUGGGACAAAAAUUUCGAUGGUUAUUUGCACGGCAGCAAUGGAAAACCUUUGAUCGACUCUUAUAGGAAAACUUUCGAUUAUCUAACAGAGAAAACUGGAGAAAACUACAAUGAUCUCGUCAAAACUUAUUAUCUGUAUUUUGGAUUGGAGAUACUUGAAGAACUAAAGUAUGCUUUACCGGAAUGGGCAUCUGAGGUGUAUCCGUAUCCAAUGAAGAAUAUCACGACACUGCACUACAAUGUGAUGGUUGCAACGAAGACAUUGAGGCAGAUGGCUGCAGGUUACUUAUUGAAAAAGAUACUUAGCGACACUCAAGAGAAAAUAGACGGAAAGUUUCCAGACAAGAAAAUGUCUGUUUGGUGUGGCCACGAGAACAACAUUGCUGCCUUAUUGAAGAUUCUCAAGGUUUGGAACGAAGAAGAAAUUGCCUCUUACGGUAGCAACAUAUUGAUGGAAUUACAUUUCAUCGAUCAGAAAUAUGGUUUCAAGAUUUACUUUAGUAAUAAACAGUCUAAUCCUGAUCUGUUGUCGAUACCGGGUUGUGGAAAUUUCUGUCCUCUGGAUGAGUUCAAUGUUUUGGUCAGAAAUGAAAUACCCACUAGUGACGAGAUAUGUGGAAAAGCUUCCCCGGCCAAUAGUUUAAUAGUAAAUAAUUGGAUCAUCAUCUGGUUUUCCUCUAUUGUAUGCUAUAAAAUAAUCUUCUAAUAAAUUUGACAAUGGUUUUAGAAACAGUGGUUGAAAAAAAAUAAAUUGAAUGGCUGGCUAGAACUUUUUUCUACAAUAAUAUAAUCAGUUCGAUCCUAAAUCUUGUUAUUUUUAGAGAUUACUAUUGAUGUAAAAUAUUUCGAAUAAUCAAAAGACUGAAACACUUUUUA